AUUACAAAGCAAAAAAUCCAUUGCAAAGGAAAGUAAAAAAAAAAAUGUCUCUAAUAACAGAGGAGAUCAGAGCCAGUGCAACUGAAUUCUACACUGGAAAUGAUAUCUGUCAAGAAAAAUCAAAGUUCUUGUUAACAGAAAUGAACCUCCCAAAUGGUCUUCUCCCUAUGCAAGACAUGUUAGAAUGUGGCUAUGUAAAAGACACUGGCUUUGUUUGGCUCAAAUCCAAGAAUAAAACAGAGCACAAAUUUGAAAAAAUUGGAAGAUCAGUCCAAUAUGCAACUGAAGUCACAGCUUAUGUUGAGCCCAAUAAGAUCAAGAAACUUACUGGGGUUAAAGCUAAAGAGCUACUUAUGUGGUUAACACUUACUGAAAUUUGUGUUGAUGAGCCAUCUACUGGUAAAAUCCAUUUCAAGACCCCAACUGGGCUUUCUAGGACUUUCCCUGUUGAUGCCUUUGAACUUGAUGAGCCUAAAAAGGAAGUUAAAGAAGAAGCCCAAGAAGUGAGUGCUGCUGCUGUUGCUGCAGUGGAAGUCAAAGAGGUUUAAGAAAAAAUAAAUUGAUUUGCUUAUUUUAUUGAGAAAAAAAGAAGUUUUAUUUUGAUUAAAAAGUUGUUGUAUUACUACUACUACUACUUAAGUUGUGGAUGAUGAUUAUGAAUUCAUCUUGAUGUACUCAUGAUUAUGAUCAUGUGGCUAAAUUAUGUCAUCUUUUCUUUGAAUUUAGUCACAUUAUUAUUAAUAAACUUGGUUUAAAUCAA